GAAGGAAAGAAGAUGUAUUCCCUACACAAAAACAUCUCCCUUCCUGUUCUCAGUCUGCUGUUCUUCUGCAGACAGAAGCCAGAACAAAGUGAUGGUCUGGAAAGAAGGACUAAGAGUGUACAAGCAGCUUCCCAAAUGUGCAUAUUCUGCUCCUUAAACCACAUGCCCUCGGGGAAGGUACAGGUGCCAACGAAUCCAACACUAGCCAGCAGAUUUUUUUGUUUUGUUUUGCUGUUUUGUAGUUUAGAAGAGCAAGGUCUACAUAAAUACCUUGCACUUAGGGAUAUCUGUAAAAAAUUUACAGAUAUCUUUCAUUAGAGCAAUCCUAGUUCUAUAUAUCUGACUAAAGAGACAAUUACGUCUUCGUGCAGUUUCUGGUUUGUGAUUUUCUCCUCGGAAUGGCUGUGGACUGUUCCAGGAAAGGACAAGUCCUGUCUUGUAGGUGUAAACACUGUUUUGUGACUCUAUCCUUUCUCUCACUCAGCAAGGUGCCUGCCAAGAUGUUUCACUUGCAGAGUUCCCAGAAGCUGCAGAUGCAGAACUCCUUGAGAAAGCACAUCCCUGAAUCCAUCGAGCUGAAGGUUUAUGGUACCCUCUUCCAUAUGAAACAAGGAAAUCCAUUCAAGCUCAAGGCCCUGGUGCACAAGUGGCCUGAUUUUAGCACAGUGGUUAUUCGUCCUCAGGAUCAGGAAAUGUCAGAUGACUUGGACCAUUACACUAAUACAUACCUAAUCUUCACCCAGGAUCUUAAGAAAUGCCAGGAAUUCCUUGGCAUACCAGAAGUCAUUAACUGGAAACAACAUUUGCAGAUUCAAAGUUUCCAGUCCAGUCUGGAUAAGGUGAUAGAGAAUCUUGUGGCAGAUAAUUUGGGCAAAGUCAAGCAUACACAAUGCAUUCUGUACAUGAGAUUUGACACAGUAAUGAAAUUGGCUCCUUGGCUGUUGGUUGGGAAAACGUCUCACUCAAUCAUUUCAAACCAAACACCUACCACAGCUGCCCCGUUCGACAAUCCGGAGAUGUUUAAACUCUCUUCACUGGAUGUUACCCAUGUUGCCUUGGUGAAUAAAGUCUGGAGUUACAGUGGCAAUGAGAGGAGCCAGAGGUUCAUCGAGGGAUGUAUUCGGACCUUUCCCAACUUCUGUCUGCUAGGGCCUGAGGGGAGCCCAGUGGCCUGGUCCCUGAUGGACCACGCUGGGGAACUGCGAAUGGGAGGCACCGCACCCGAAUACCGGCGCCAAGGACUCAUGUCUUAUAUCGUCCAUGCUCAGUCGCAAGCUCUAGGGAAACUGGGCUAUCCCACGUAUGCCCAUGACGAUAAAGCCAACCACAUUAUGCAGAAAGUGGCGAGCACCGUACAUGACUUCCCCAUGUCCAGUUACUGGAACCAGUGGAAUUCGGUGCCUUUGUAAAGCUGGUCCUGAGUGUAGUCAGUGAUGGAGGAUGAG